GGUCAAUGAUAGAUCGAAUACAUCAGGACUAGCCGCCCCUCCGAAUGAGAUAAUGACGCUGCCACCACUCUGCUGGAACGCAGCUAUGUCGCUCUGCAUCGACUCCAUCAAAUUAUUGAAAUUACCGGUCGAGUCGCCGAUCACGAACGCGAGGGUAGCAGACGUCAACCCACACUUUUGUUUUGCAUCCAUUAACGACGUUACAGCAUAAUACUGGCUAUUCCCUUCAGCCCAAGCAUAAUAAUAUGGAGUUAUUACGAAGGAGUUGGUCUGCUGGGUCGAUGACAUUAUGGUCAGUUUCUAGAGGUGGACCUCUAGAAAAAAAUCAACGAGAUUUUGUUUUUUGUUGGACACACUGUAGCAGCAGGAAUGUAUCAUAGCAAUUCGUUUUCGAAUCACUCCUCGACGUCAAAAUAUCGGUUCUAUUACGCAGACCCAAGUCAUAAGUGGACGUGCGAUCUCAGAUGUUUGCCCUGCAGAGGGCAUGACAUCGACGGAUCACCUUGUCACAAGAUCAGCUGCCUUGGUACACCGUUCUGCGACAAGCACCUGGCUCUGAUCCAGCAUCUGCGUAUCCAAGGCUCUGACCCGAGUCGCAUGCGUUUGUUUGCCAUUCGCCCUCCUGUAGAAAUAAGCGGCUUUAUCGAUCGAUUCGACUUUGACUCUGGGCCUGUGUUCGAACAGGGGCAAGUCAUCAUUCAAUUCGAGGGAGAAGUCAUCAACCAUGACCAGAUGGUCCAACGCUACGGAGAGACUCUAGUCGGACCGUACACAGUUCAAGCGUCCGACUCUGGAGAUCGAUUUAUUGACGCAGCAUGCCAGCGAGGCGUUGCCGCGAUCGCACGGACAACCGCCCAAGAAGAACGCGCAAAUGCGGAACUGGGGCAUGGCUCUGAAGGAGCCGUCCUGCGAGCAACGAGGCCGAUCAUGAAUAAAGAAGAGAUCGUCGUCUUCACCAUCUACCCCCUCCAUGCGGAAGUCAAUGAUAUCAGAUACGCGACAAAGGAUAAUCCCAGCUUCGACGAAGAUGCUUUCAAGCGGCAGGAGAAGCGAGCUGAAUAUGAGCGCGACCCGAUGAAAUAUCUGCUCUCGCAAUCGAAAUCGAAAUCGCGGAGAAAGCGAGACGACGAUGAUGAUGACUAUGACUUCGAAGAAGACGAUGAUGAUGCCGAUUUCUGGAAAGAUAUCUUUUCGAGCAAAACGAGGAAGAAAUCGGCAAGUCGGUCUUCCAAGAAGAAGGGAAAUAUGCUUUAUACUCCUGGUCACGGAUUUAUACAAGGAAUUACAAUCACCCCGGAGUCAUUGGGAAUCACUAAGAAGAAACGGAAGAAGGAUAAUGACGAUUGGGACGACUGGGAUGAUGACUGGGAUGACGAUGAUGACGAGGAAGAUAAGCCACGUAAAAAACGAAAGAGCAAGAAAUCAAAAAAACGGAAGAGCUCCAAAAAAUCCAAGAAGAAGACCAGCCUGGAGGACUUCUUCACUUUUUGAUGGUGGACUCGUUGUUUGGUGGUUUUUAUGUACCCAUGGUAUCAAAUUCCUUACUGUGAUUUUUACGCAUUUUGCGGAGUUGGAGCUCGAGUGGACUCCUCACAUCCAUGGGAGCCAUCGCACCACAUAGGCAUCCGUGUUGCUCGUCGUGUCCAAUGCCGUCUGAUAAUAGAAUACGGGCUGAGUGCUUGCCCAUGUCAUUUGUAUAAACGAACCCAGUGUCGCCAGCAGCUGAAUGGUGACUGAUUUCGAGCCUACCGGGUUCGCUGUUUUGCAAGCUAGGUAGACACAGGAAGUUCCCGUAUCAGUCGAGCAACCAAUAAAGAUCAAAUAGCACCCCCAUGUCGGACCCGAGGACAUCGUAACACUCGUUCCGUUGCGAGGGAUUUGGAUAGUGAUCUGAGUAGCUGGCUUAAUGUUGUUGAUGGUAGGAACUGUGAUGUUGGAGGAGAAUGUGGCUGCCGCAGCGACCGCCA